AUGAAGUUCUCCCUUGUAGCUCUCGCAGCUAUUGCGCCCAUGGUUUCGGCCCAUUAUUUCUUCGACACCCUCGUUAUUGACGGCAAGGAAGCUACCGAGUAUGUCCGGUCCAAUACCCGUGCCGCGAAGUACAACCCAACCAAAUGGGUCAACACCCGCGACGACAUGACCCCCGAUGUGCCUGACUUCCGCUGUAAUAAGGGCGCAUUUACCUUCGCUGGCCAAACCGGUACUGCUGAGGUGAGGGCCGGAUCCAAGGUUGCGAUGAAGCUUGCCGUUGGUGCCAAAAUGCAACACCCUGGUCCUGCCCUCGUGUACAUGUCUAAGGCCCCUACCACUGCCAACAAAUAUCAGGGUGAUGGCGAGUGGUUCAAAAUCCACCAAGAGAGUGUCUGUGACAAGAACAAGGACUUUACCAAAGAUGCGUGGUGUACGUACGGCAAGGAUCGUAUUGAGUUUACCAUUCCUACGAAUCUGCCUGACGGAGAGUAUCUGAUUCGACCGGAGCACAUUGGUGUGCACGGUGCCGCGGGCGGGCAGGCCGAAUUUUACAACUCCUGCGCUCAAGUCAAGGUUGUCGGUGGUGGCAAUGGAACCCCGGGACCUACGGUCAAAUUCCCCGGUGCUUACAAGAAAGACGACCCUUCGUUCAACUUCAGCAUCUGGAAUGGCUACAAGGAGUACCCUAUGCCUGGACCGGAAGUCUGGAAUGGAGAGUCGGACUCCAGCUCAGCUUCUUCUAACGUGGCUAUCAGCAACGGUACAGCAGCGGCUACUACCCCUAGUAAGCAAGCCGAGGAUACCGACGCCUUCACUCGUUGCGCACGCUCCUGCUUCCAGUACCUAUAA